AAAGUCGGAGAGCGACACGAUCGAGGCGCCUGAAACCGUCCAUAUAACACUGCGCUAACUCCCAGACUCCCUGAGGAACUCGCUCACUCCACAGACUUGAUCCUUUCCAUCCCCAAACACAACAGUGCAGAUACCAGCAAAAGCAACGUGCUCUCCGUCGCAUGAUUAUUGCGCGCGUCACCCCUAUCUGCAGCGCGUCCUUAUCAAUCCCACGUUGCUCGUGCGGGGUCCACGUCGCCACCUCAUUGGCCAAUUCAUCGCAAUUGCGUCGAUCCCCCAGUCGAUCUAUCAGGUAUCGCAUUUCGAAAAUGCCAUCAACGUCAUCGUCCAGGACGUGCAUAUUUGUUUCGUGUUGCGUUGGACUGUAUUGCAAAGCUGAGCUUGAACGCUCGUGUCGCACCAGUCUCUCCGCAUCUCACACCGUCAAUCAUCAGUUCCCGAUCGAACUGCUCCAGCCCAACACAAUGCAUACCAGAAUCUUCAUCUCCCUCAGCACCGCCGCCCUCUUCUUCAUCUCCCUCACACUUGCGACCCCCCUCGAAGAAGCCCGCGCCGCAGCCGCACACCCCAACCCCGACGCCAACCAGCUCCUCCGCGCCAUCUACCCGCGCCAAAUAGCGCCCUCAUCCUACACCACCGCGCGCACCGCCAACACCGAGUUCGCGCCGCCGCAGACCAUCAGCCCGACCAGCACGACGCCCGCGACGCCGAUCACCAGCCGCGUAUCGAACAACGAGAUUGUGCCGAGCUCGAAUACGGGGCCCGCGCCGCCGCUCAUCACGACGGAUAGUCGGACGGCGAAUACGCAGGCUGUGGGGCCGUUUACCGUGAGCUCGGGGAAGGCGGCGCCGACGGGGGUGGAUGAGGGAGGGAGGGGGAUGGGUGGGUGA